AUGUCCGGGCUUCAGGUCCUGCCAAACGAGCUCAUUCUCCAAACCACCUUAUUCAUAACAUCCGAAUCGACCCUCGCUGCCUUGGCACGGACAAAUCGCCAUCUUCAACAAAUCUGCAACUCUCGUCUUUACCGACACAAUGUACUCUACAGCAACAGCUCCGCUUUAGAAUGGGCAGCACAAAAUGGCCGGAUGGACACAUUGCAGAAAGCUCUGGAUGCAGGCGCCCCCUUACCAAAGAAACAAGCCGGAGGCGAAUUUCGAGAAGAAGGCCCAGUAACCCUUCGGUUCGGGUGCGAACAUCUGCGCGUGUUCCAAGAAUUCCGCCCACAUCCUAUUUCAUUAGCGGCCCAGGCAGGUCAUUUGCACAUAGUCCGCUAUAUGAUCGAUCGCGGGGUACGUCCCAACACCACGAACCCCGAGUGGUUCACGCUGCUGGCACUGGCCGCUGUCCAUGGCCAUGCUUCUCUGGUAGAAUACUUGGUGGACGUUGGCGCCCGGCAGAGUAUUCGCAGCUUUGUAGGCGGCCUUCGGCCUGUCGAGUUGGCAGCGUUUCAGGGGCAUGUGGAUAUAGUUGAGGUGCUUCUGUCGGCUCCGAAAGGAGAGGAGGAUGAGCCCGGCAAAGAAGACAUGAUGAAAGAUGCUCUGUUCGCCGCGGUGAUGGCGGGACAGAUCCCGGUGGUCCAGUUGUUAUUCACGCAUGGUGUGCAAGUCAAUUAUUUUGGUAGUUUUGGUCAUUUUCAAGGGACUCCCCUGCUACUGGCGGCAACAAACGGAAUGGGCGAGUUGGUAUCGCUACUUCUUGCGUACGGUGCGGAUCCAAACUUGAUUCCUUGUCCACGACUGACGAAUGUACCGUUGACGGCGGCGGUGAUCCAAGGCCAUGAUCAUCUUAUCCGAAUAUUAAUUCACGGAACGACGAGGCUUCAGCGUACCAGAGCGUUGGCUUUCGCUAUAGCACAGGCGAAUAGAGGAAUGGCGGAGGCAUUGCUUCAUGGCGGUGCGCCUCCUGACUUCGAUCCGUCCGAAAUACCACGCAACCCGGGGUAUGGCCACGCAGAAUGGGUCCAGCCUCUGCACUUUGCGGUGCAGAAUGACAGUCCAGGGCUGGUAGAAUUGUUGCUGGACUCGGGCGGGGAUGUUAACGUGCGGUGUGAUGAAUAUCCCUCUGGCAGAUUAGGCAAGCUAUACGACCGAGCCCUGUUCUGGGCUGUAGAAGACUGCAAUCAAACGAUGGUAGAUCUGCUCCUGGAACGUGGCGCAGAUCUGGAGAUUACUGAUAUGAUGGGGUGCCCUCCACUCACGUAUGCCGUAAAGGGCGGACAUGAGGCCAUUGUUCGGUCCCUGCUGGAUCAUGGGGCGAAUCCACACUGCGCAGUGGAAUAUACUGGAGAGAAACUGCUGUUGUCCGUGCAAAUAAAACGAUCGAUCCGGGAUCAACUACAAGAGGCGGAAGAGAGAUGGCGUACCUAG